AUGUGCAAAAAGGACAUAUGCGACACUCCUGUGGACGAGGAUGUCAGAACCAGCCCUUCCCCGACGCCAGCGGGGUCCGAAAUGUGGUCUCUGAUCACUUCCCAACCUUCAAGUCCACCCACCAGAUCCUCGCAAAUGCAAGAAGAAGAUCUGCAGCAGUAUUCGAUUCAUUUGAAUCGAGGUAACGCACGCCCACAUGCCGAAUCCAAUCCAGUAACCUGGUGGCACAAUCACCAACAGCAGUUUCCAAUACUGGCGUCAUCUGCCUUGGAAUACUUUGCUGCUCCGUGCACAUCAGUCGAUAGCGAGAGACUCUUUAGCACCGCCGGAAUCAUUUUUGGAAACAAAAGAAGACAACGUUUGCUGGGAAAAACCGCCAGGCUUUUCCUCAUGAUCAACGCUAACACUAACAAAGACACAAGCAGGGCUUGCAAAGCUUGGAGUCAGAGAGAAGUUGAACGUUAUGGUUGCCAUGGGAGUUCUAACCCACCAUCCACUAGUUCUGAGCAGUCUUCAUCCGAAGAUUCAGAGGAAUUCUCCGAAGAAAGCGUAGAAUUCUAG